AUGGAUAAAACUGGUACUGCCAGCAACAAAAAUCAGACAAGUCAGUGUAACAAGAAUGAGCAGAAGAAGGUCAAAGAAUCAGAUGGAUCAAACAAAAAUGUCAUGCAGGGAGACAAAGAAAAUCUUCCUGAAUGUAUUCAAAAUACAAAUGGACCUAAAAGAAAGCGGGAACCCCUUCAACCCACCGGCAAUAUUUCUGAUCAUUACCCUAAAAAGAAACGGGUGGUGUCAACACAGAGGAAAUUUUAUUCCAUUUCAAAUAGGCCUCUUGGAUAUUGUUUGAUCAUCAACAACUAUAACUUUGAGAGAACGUCACUUGGAAACCGGAGAGGGACAGACAAAGAUAAAGAUGUUCUCACCAGAGUGUUUGAGAACAUGUUUUUCAAAGUUGAGGUGCGGGUUGAUUUGCAAGCGUCGGAUAUGCAAAAUGUGAUAAAGGAGUUUUCAGAGAGGUAUCACUCUAAGAUGGAUGCUUUUGUCUGUUGCAUCCUGUCCCAUGGAGAGAAAGGCUCUGUUCUGGGAAUAGAUGGGAAACCAGUUCCGAUCCGUGAACUCACACAGCCUUUUGCUGAAUGCCACACACUGGUUAAUAAGCCCAAGCUUUUCUUCAUUCAAGCCUGUCAGGGUAACGAGGCCCAGCAAGGUAUGUGGAUGGCAGAAGAACAGGAGAGCACUAGAGAAGAAGGAACAUUUAAGGAGGAUUCUCAUACUGCAGCAUCGCCCAAUGUCCCUAAAGACGCUGAUUUCCUCAUUGGAAUAGCAACAGUCAAGUACUACAAAUCUUUCCGCCACACAACAGAUGGGUCCAUCUUUUUCCUGGAGCUCUGCAAGCAGCUGGAAAGUGGCUGUCUACGGUGA